CCAUUCCUCGAGAAACAGUAAUAGCUCAAAAUGAAAACGAAACUAGGUUUUCCCUCUUAACUCAUUAUCGAUCACAAUACAGACAACGCAUUUCACACGAGGCUGCAGUCGAACCGUGACUAUUCGUCGACACAAAGAGUUAUACAGCGACAGUGAAAGCUGUGGCCGUAUAUAGCUGCUGAUCAUUUGUCAAUAGGACACCCACAACGCAUCAACUAUUCUGGCGUACAGUACAUCUGAUUCUGUUGGGUUUACUUAUCAGCAGCCAUGUGUUCCGGAGGAAAAAUUGAUUGCAUCAAAUAUUUGAUGUAUGCAUUCAACAUUUUGUUCUUGAUUCUUGGACUUGGGAUUGUAGGUUUUGGGAUCUGGAUACGGGUUGACCCAGACGCCGGCAAAUACAUAAACGAGUCUGUCAAUUUUGACGCUUUACAGACCGCCUCCGGCAUCUUCAUCGGCAUUGGCUGCGUCAUCCUCCUCGUUGGCGUUGUCGGAGUUUUUGGAACAAUCAGACAGAGCCAGUGUCUGCUUGUUGUGUUCUUCAUCAGUUUGUCCAUCAUCUGUGUCAUUCUUCUUGCAACUGGAGUGGUGGUUCUUACUCAGAUGGAUACUGUGAAAGACGCAUUUGGAAAUUACCUCCAGAGCAAAGUCGACGUCUACAACAGCGACAAAGAUGCCAAACUUUUCAUAUAUAAUUUCCAGGAAGCUUUCCAUUGCUGUGGAGCCAAAUCUGGAUUUUCAGAUUAUCCUAUCAGCGCCAUGGCUGGAGCCUGUAAAAUUGAGACUUAUCUGAAGCCCUGUGCUGAGGAGUUUUUCAAAACAUUGGCGCCUAACCUGGGUAUGACGGCCGGCGUGGCAUUUCUCGGAACGGUUAUCAUGAUUUUAGGACUGGUUUUGUCCAUGAUGUUCUGUUGCGCCAUAAGGAAGCUCCGACAUGAGUAAGGCAACACGGCGAAAGAACAACAGCAGUUAUAAAUAAUAACUCAUCAAUAAGUGUAUCUGGUCCCUUUUUGUAUGAAAUAAUGAGAUACUGUUUUUAGAUCUAUUUUCUGAAACAUGAUCUUUAUAAAACUCUUGUUCAGAACAUACAACAUUUUGUAUUUAUAAAUAAUAAUAUUCUUUGUUUAAAAUUGCUAAAACAGUGCAAUGAUUAUUUCAGUAAAAAAGGGAUUGAUGUUCUGAACAAUGUUUCAUGUAUAAGAGGAGAUGGGCUCAACCAAAAUACUUGUGAACUCUGUUGUUAUAUAGUACAUGGAUGUGGUUUUCUUUUUUCAUAUCAUUGUAUUACUUUUAUACAAAUAUGUAAGAUUUCACAUAGACACCGGCUUCUUUUGCAUGCUACUUCGGAUGCCAUACUGAAAUUAUUUCUCACAUUCUGAAAUGAUUUAAAAAAAGUUAUUAUGGGGUUAAGUGGUGAGGUUACGAGGUGAGGUGAAAUUGGGUCGCGGCCAAGAUUAUUGCACUUAUAUAGCGACGUGCAUGCACGUGUGAGUGGCUGCUUGUAUUAGUCCGGACUGAUGCCGAUUUAUAGUGCUAGCCCACUGAGAUACCAUGCCCCAGUUUAACAUGAAUACCCCACUCAGACACAGUAUACUGACUCCGAGUCGACCCGUCCUUGUUUUAGCCCCUAACGCCGAGCGCCAGACAGGGUAACAACAAGUACCAUCUUUUAACGUCUUUUGGUAUGACACGGCUGGGCCGGACCUUCCGCUAUCCGGGCGGACGCUCUACCACUAGACCACGGAGGCGGUGUUAUGGGGUUGAGUUGUCUUUAAUUAUUAUACACAUGUAAUUGAACGGAGAAGAAAAUCUCUUCAUUUUCGAAAACUGAAGAAAUCUCCACAUGCCGAAGUAUUGUAUGUUUAUUUUGGGAGUUUUAGGAUAUUUUGCUUCAGGAUCGGCAUGAAAGAUUAUGGAAACAUAGAAGAUAUAUUUAUAGACAGAAAUGGCUCAUGCGUGUCAGUUUGUUUGUUGUUUAACGCUGCACCCUGCACGCUGGAAAACGUCAAAACAGUGUUUAUAGACGUCAGUGCAAUCAUCAUAGGUAACACUAUUUUUUUAGUACUGAAGAUUUAGUUUGGCGACAUUUAUAUCCAACGCCAGACCAGGUAGCAUGUACACUUAUAUAUGGAAUGCUCGUUUUUCAACAAUUAUCUGAUAUUGUCAUCUUGCCGUCAAGUUUGUUUGUUGUUUAACGCCGCACUCAACAAUAUUCCAGCUAUAUGACGGCGGUCUGUAAAUAAUCGAGUCUUGACCAUACAAUCCAGUGAUUGAUAUUAUGAGCAUCAAUCCACGCAAUUGGGAUCCGAUGCCAAUGUAUCAUGAUGAAUAUUGCUUUAUCUCAUGUAUCCCACUCCCUUGGGAAUUCCGGGGCAGAACAGGCCCCCAGCAACCAGUGCUUGUAAAGAAACACGACCCGAUGGAUCGGGUGGUCAGGCUCGGUGACUUAAUAGAUUGCGUGUCAUCACUGGAUUGUCUGGUUCAUACUCGAAUAUUUACGGGCCACCAAUUUAUAGGUGGAAUACUACUGAAUGCGGCGUUAUACAAACAAACAAACACCAGUACACAUUUCAAAGUGUGCGACUUUGUUUUACUGCCGUUUUGAAAUGCAUUUCAAUUACAUGUAUAUACAGCGUGUCAGCUUUUUGUGUAACGUAUUGCCUCGUCAAAUAUAUGUAAUACCUUUGUAAGAUUUCGUCCAUGUUGGACAUACCAAAACGCAGGUAUGUACACUGAGUAUGUUAUUCAUAUAUAUGCAGGAGAGUAAAAAAUUAGGACAAAUUAUGUUUUGCUCUAUCUUCUUGAAGUAUUUCUUUUUACCUUCUUGAAAGAAAUUGAAUUGAAUAAAUAUUUCAAUCUC